UAAAGCGAUCUUCCUGCUCUGGUCACACUUAACUUGAAAGCCGCAUUAUUUUGUUUACAUCGCGAAAUCUCUGCAAAUUCCACCAAAAAUAUGUCCAUUGCAAACGUUUCCACUCACUACAUAUCCGAGAAGGUGGCCAGAGUGCGCUGGCUGCCGGAGCAACUGCAGCAGAGCGAACGGUUCGUCACUGGAACCUGGGACAUGGACCAGAACUUCGUGCGCCUCUGGCGGCUCCAAUCGAACCAAUAUGCCACCGCCACGGAUUCGGACGUGGAUCAGAUGCCGCGCUGCAUGGACAAGGUGAGAAUGGAGGACGAUGUGACCGCCAUGGAGUUCGUGGACAAGGACACGCUAGCUGUAAGCUGUGCCGAUGGCCAUCUCAGCGUGUUUAACGUCCAACGAGCCGUGGAGGAGGAUCAGAUGCAACGUACGUCCCGAUCCGAAAGGCUGCACUGCUUCCAACGUAGCCAGGAGCCGGCUCCUUGCACCGACCUCUCUGUUUACGGCACGGAUAUCGCCACCGCCGGCGAGGAUGGGUGCGUGAGCAUCGUGUCCGUGGGAAAUGUGCGCCAGGUGAAGCGACACAUUGAGGCGGACAGCAUGGCGCUGUUUUCCAUUUGCUAUAUCAGCCAGCAGGAAUUGGUGACCGCCAAUAGGAUGGGUGUUAUCCGAGUGCUCGAUGCCCGAGUGGCCACUGAAGCGCAGCCGAAGACCACUUUUAUGGUGGCCUCCCAGGAUGACAAGUCGUCGAACUUUGUCUCGUCCCUUGCAACGCAUCCCAUGCAGCAACAUAUCCUACUUUGCGGCAGUGAAGAGGGUUCCAUCACCGUCUGGGAUAUGCGAAACCUCAACUAUCCCGCCUCCUAUCUCAGCGCCCACAAAAGUCCUAUCAACGAGAUAGGCUUUCACCGAAAGGAUCCCAGCAAACUGUUCACCGCCGCACAGGGUGGCGAGGUGUGGAUGUGGUCGGAGAACAAAGUUCUCGGGUGCGAUUCCAAUAAGGACGGUCACAGUCCCUGGUUGUCUGGCGAUCGUGUUCGCUCCCUGGUCGAAGUAGAGGGAGUGCUGACUAAAAUUCGCAAGUCCAUUAACUCCUUCGAUGUCCAUGGAAGCCGUCUGGUCUGCGGAGGCGACACAGAGGCCGUUUACCUAGUUGAUAAUAUUGUUUGAAUGCCAAGAUAUGAAAUUUCCUUUCUUAAAUUAUAAAAUUUUUCAAUUGUU